GAGAGAGAGGAGCUGGGAGUGUUGUGUGAAAGGAGUGCAGGGCCAGCGAGCGAGACAAAAGAGGCUGCGGCUGCAUUGACUGUGCUGCUGGUGUGGCCGCCUCCCGAAGCCACAAGCGAACCGCACUCACCCCCGCUGGCCUUCACGCCACAGACGGAGGAGACACACACACACACACACACACACGCGCGCGCGCGCCUGGAGCAGGGGAAGAAGACAACUGCGACACUGUAACCGCUGGACGCGACGGAGCUGCCCCGGACCGGGUGUCCCUCCUCUCCGCCCCCCAGCCCUGACUGCGCGGCGCGGGGCCGGAGAUCGAGCCCAGAACAAAGGAGCGUUGGGAGCGAGGAGGGAGCGAGCGAGCGAGCCGAGAGCAGCGCUGCCGCGACGCGUGAAGCAGGCCAGGUGCUUCUCUGAGACCCGAGCACGGCUCCCCGGCGGCCCGCGCUUCUCCACGGAGGCUUCCGCCCCACGAGGGAGGGAAAGAAAGAAAGAAAGACAGAAGCAGAAUUAAAGAAGAAGUCAAGAAAACACAGCGCGCAAGUCGGCGGCUACAAUGUUCCCUCAACAGCGACCGUCGGCACCUUUGCAGCCGCCCCCCGGGUCGUCUGCCUCAGUGGUGGCAGCCGCCGCCGCAGCAGCAGCGGCAGCAUCGGGGACGCCCCAGUCACUGAAACUAACCUACCCAGAAACUUUGGACCGCAUUAAAGAGGAGUUUCAGUUCCUCCAGACCCAGUACCACAGUUUGAAAAUGGAGUGUGAGAAACUGGCUACAGAGAAGACUGAGAUUCAGAGACACUAUGUUAUGUAUUAUGAGAUGUCCUAUGGCCUUAACAUUGAAAUGCACAAACAGACGGAGAUUGCCAAGCGGUUGAAUGUGAUCUGUGCUCAGCUCAUCCCAUUCCUGUCGCAGGAGCACCAACAACAGGUGGUCCAGGCUAUGGAACGCGCCAAACAGGUGACCAUGGGGGAGCUAAAUGCUUCGAUAGGGCAGCAGCUUCAGGCACAGCACCUCUCCCAGCAUGCGCAGGCUUUGCAAAUGGGCCCUCACCCAUCAGGACUGUCCCAUCCAGGCUUGGCGCUCGGCGGAGGAUCCAGCCUGCUGGCCCUGUCUGGGGCUCUGGGGGCUCAGUUGGCCGCCAAGGACGAGAGAGCCCACCUCGAGGCAGCGGCGGCUGCUGCUGCUGCUGCAGAGCACCACAGAGACCGUGAAGCAGGACCAAGCUCUCUGUCCAACGGGGACAAGGGUCGCCAGGCAGACUACCUCAGCAACGGCAAGAAGAGAAAAGCUGAUGAGAAGGAGUUCAUGACCGACUAUGGCAGUGAUGCAGAUAAGAGCGAUGAUAAUUUGGUGGUGGACGAGGACCCAUCGUCCCCCCGCAGCGUGCAGUCCUACUCGUCCAGGGAGAACGGUUUGGACAAGAUGCCUCCAUCUCGUAAGGAUGGUCCGCCACAGGCCAGCCCCACCUCCCUGGCCUCCUCCAGCAGUGCCGCCUCCCCCUCCCGUGGCAAAGAGCCCCCUCAGAGGGAGAAGUCCAGCACUCCAGGUAUGAAGCCAGGGACCCCCAUGUCUCAGGAGUCCAACACCCCUGGACCCAGCGGACCCCCACAGUUCAGACCUGUCCUAGGCAAGCCUGGCGUUGACCCCCUCGCUCUGGGUCUCAGAAACCCUCUGGCGGUGCAAGGAGCGUACCCUCCAGGGGCCUUUGGCCUGCCUCCUCCAGGGGUGAACGGGGACCUGCCAGGGGCGGCGGCCUAUGGCGCAGGCCUGCAUUUGGUUUCCCCCCAGAUGAACGGAGCCGCAGCAGCAGCGGCGGCGGCGGCGGCUGCCGCGGGCUACGGACGGUCCCCUGUGGUGGGCUACGAGUCUCCACACCCACACAUGAGGGUCCCUGGGCUGCCUGCCAGCCUGCAGUCAGCUGCCUCCGGAAAACCCGCCUACUCGUUCCAUGUGAGCGCAGACGGCCAGAUGCAGCCGGUGCCCUUUCCCCCCGACGCCUUGCUGGGCCCGGGAAUCCCUCGUCACGCCCGUCAGAUCCACACCCUGAACCACGGAGAGGUGGUGUGCGCCGUCACCAUCAGCACCUCGACGCGCCACGUCUACACUGGAGGAAAGGGUUGCGUCAAGGUGUGGGACAUCAGCCAGCCGGGCAGCAAGAGCCCCAUGGCCCAGCUGGACUGUCUGAACAGGGACAACUACAUCCGCUCCUGCAAGCUGCUCUCUGACGGGCGAACCCUGAUCGUCGGCGGGGAGGCCAGCACACUGUCGAUCUGGGAUUUGGCCACACCCACUCCCCGCAUCAAGGCGGAGCUGACGUCGUCCGCGCCCGCCUGCUACGCUCUGGCCAUCUCCCCUGACAACAAGGUCUGCUUCUCGUGCUGCAGCGACGGCAACAUCGUCGUCUGGGACCUUCACAACCAGACGCUGGUCAGGCAGUUCCAGGGCCACACGGACGGAGCGAGCUGCAUCGACAUCUCCAACGACGGCACCAAGCUGUGGACGGGAGGACUGGACAACACGGUCCGCUGCUGGGACCUCCGGGAGGGACGGCAGCUCCAGCAGCAUGACUUCACCUCGCAGAUCUUCUCUCUGGGCUACUGUCCGACAGGCGAGUGGCUGGCAGUAGGAAUGGAGAGCAGUAACGUGGAAGUCCUGCAUGUGUCCAAACCUGACAAGUACCAGCUGCACCUCCACGAGAGCUGCGUCCUCUCCCUCAAGUUUGCCUACUGCGGUAAAUGGUUCGUGAGCACGGGCAAAGAUAACCUCCUGAAUGCGUGGCGGACACCUUACGGAUCCAGCAUAUUCCAGUCGAAGGAGUCCUCGUCGGUUCUCAGCUGUGACAUCUCCCCCGACGACCAAUUUAUCGUCACCGGCUCCGGGGACAAGAAGGCCACGGUCUACGAAGUCAUCUACUGAACUCUUUGAUUGGCUGAAAAAGUAAAACUAAUAAUCAGGGGUCAGAGCCGAGGCUCCCUCCUGCACCAAUGACUGUACAGAGCGUCGGUGGCAUGGAAAGCAAGAGACACUCAACUCGUACUUUGUUUUGUUUUUUAUUACGUUUGUGAAAGAAAUAGAGAGAGAAAGAGAAGCAAGGGGGGCACAAAGUCACAUCUCUGGAAAACGAACAAACUUUGAACUUUGUUUUUAAUGCUCUGAGAACGCUGGUUAGUCUACAGCUGCGCAAAUGUGGGAUUCCUCCAAAGACCUUCUUGUUUUGUUCCUUUUUUUUCCCUUUUUUAAAAAAACAAAACAAAACAAAACCUCUGUAGUGAACAAGAAAUUAGCUGAACUUAUUUUUUUAGCCUUUGAAUUUUUUGGCAAACUGUUGGAUGGCAUCAAGAGGCGAAGACACAUGGGGAUGAAGACGUGUGUGGAGGGUUCAAGGAGGGCUGGAAACUACAGUCCAUAUUCUGUGCUGUUUAAAAAGAAUUAAAACAAUUUAAUUUUAAAGAAAUUAAAUUAAAAAACAAAAAGUCCCAGCCCAGGUCAGCUGGGCCUGGUCUGGCCCAGUCUGCAGCACGUGGCUGCUCCUCAGGGCAGCAGAUGUGUGACAGAUGGCAGGAUGAUUUGCGGCAAGGUUCCAGAUAUUUCCUUUUUUUGUUUUUCUUCUCCUGGUUAAGUUUUAGCAGCAACAUGAUUGUAUCAUCUCCAGGACGUACAUGACAGAACACGGCUCGGUUUUCCUCUGAAGUGUCCUGAGACUCUGUUUGUGUCUGUUCCUUUUUUGAGUUUUGUCUUUUCUUUUACUGAAGAACAACGAUGAACUUAUUCUGGGGAUGUUUUUAAGGAAACCAGCCUGGAACAACAACAAAAAAUAACCUCGACCCGGAGGGCAGAAAGCUAAAGUCAGUUCAAACAAACUCAAACAAUAGUUCCUCUCCAGUUUCGAGACGUCGCCUCUGCUACAUGUUCUCCAUCUUUAACACUUGACAUUAAAUGUGAUUUUCUAUUGUAUUUGUUGGGGCACAUAUUGGCGGACAGGUAUUUUCACAACUGCAUCAUGAACCUUGAACCUUGCUAUAAAUGGACGUGUAAAUAAAGUUCUCUAAAGGCAAACAAGGAUCUGUGACUUGGAUGUGCUUUGAGACGAGCAGCUUCA